AUGAUGACCUCUCAUCAAGAAGACCACAUGAAAGACGCUGAUGAAGUGAUUGUGUUGUGUAAGGGGCGUGUGCUGGAAGGAGGAAGUUUUCUUGAGUUGCAAGACAAAGGAAUCCUUAGUAACACUAUUGAUCCGCUCGACAAGAAGAUUUCAAAACACAAUACAGAUGAGAAGUUUGUAAGAGAGGAAGAAAAUGGAAGCGUUGGAGCUGCUCCCUGCUUCGCUGGGAUGGAAUCUCCGUCGAAAGAAACCAGGAGUCUUCUGAUGCCAAAAGAAGAUUGGGAAAUCGGAGUAAUUUCUUCCAAGCUUUACUGGAGUUAUUUAAGAAGCGGAAUGUCUUCUUGAAUGAUUUUGGCAAUAAUCCUUUUCUCCGUAACAGCCCAAGAUAAGACUUAAAAACGGCCUCUCAGAAAGAGUUUGCCAUGAUUGCACAAAUAUCAUUUUAGAGUCAAAAGUAAUCCAAGACUACAUUGCAUUUGCAGCCUGCUUUACUUCUCUCUGUAAUUAGAGGGCUUAAAUGGGGUUAACUGUUAGCCGUAAAACGGCCAAAAAAAGCUGUUAGGCGAAAAACUUGACAAAUUUGAGCCUCUAGAGGUAAAAAUCUUUCCUUUUUCCAAUGUGUCAUUUUGUGUGAUGUUGCCCUAAUAUUCUAACUAUUGGCCGUAGAGGUCCCUAUCCCAUGGAGACCCUCUGAUUAUUAGAGGAAAAUAUUUCUGAUCUCUAAAUGAAACAGCUGUACAAGCGGGCAGAGGUCUUUUCUAUUUAUCACAUCGUGAAAAUUUCAACAUUCCCAUCUAAUAUUGAACUACCAAUAAGGAUAAAAAAAUAUUGAAUUUGUUCCGGUUUGAAAUAAAUUGGAUGCACAAAUUGUUUCUUCAUCUUUCCUAUCGAGUGUCAGUGUGCGUGUGUCUCAAAGGUACAUCAAGUAAGCAAUCAAAAUCUUCGUUCCUUUUGAUACGAUUGAGAAUCAGCACAUGGAAACUUUUUGCCUUUACUUACUUUGCUUUCCCUUUCCUCCCAGGGAUGUUGGUUGCUCCUGACGUGUGGCUCUCGUUCAUGACAAAGCAACUCCCUCAAGAUCAGAAAGAUCAAUCAAACUUAGUUAUCUAUGGAUGUCUUGCUGUUGUAUCCCUCAUGUUUAUAUUGACAAGAACAUAUGUAUUACUCUCCUGCUUUUUGCGAUGCUCUAAGCGUCUUCAUGACAAGAUGGUCGUUGCUACUUUACAAGCUCCUUUUUUAUUCUUUGAUUCAAAUUCCGUGGGAAGAAUCCUUAAUCGAUUUCCCAAAGAUAUCGGUCAGUUGGACGAGCAGUUACCAAGGACGUUUCAACUAGCGAUCGACUCAACCUUAAAUGUGCUUGCACCACUAAUUGUCACGGCUGUUAUUAAUCCUUGGCUUAUUUUCAUACUUAUGCCAUUGAUUGUGGUUGCUAUACACCUGUCCACGUAUUAUUUUAAGACAUCCCAGGAACUUAAGAGGUUAGCGUCCAUAAGUCGUAGUCCAGUGUUCUCUCACAUUUCGGAGACCCUUGAUGGACUGGAAACGAUUCGAACCAGAGGGUGA